UUGUGACUGACUUAUUUCACUCAGCAUAAUGUCCUCCAAAUUUAUCCACAUUAUGUUUCAUGGAUUUGUCAUUUUUCUUUAUCCUUGCGUAGUAUUCUUGCAUUCAGCUGUUUUUUCUUUCUACUGCUGAACAGAAUUUCACUGUAUGAAAAUACCACAAUUUAUCCAUCUUACUGUUGAUGAACACUUAGGUUGUGUUCAGUUUUAGGCUACUAUGAGUCAUGCUACUAUGAACUUUCUUGUACAUCUUUGGUGCAUGAGUGUUCACACUUCCGUUGGGAGUAUAUCUAGAAGAAGAACUGCUGGGUUACACGGUAUGUUCAGCUUUAGAAGUGAUUUUCUCCGAAGUGAUUUUACCAAUUUACAUUUCCACCAGCAGCGUACGCAACUCUCAGUUGCAACGCAUCUUCAUCAACACUUGGUGUUUUCAGUCUUUCUGAUUUCAGCCAUUCUGAUGUGUAGUGGCAUUUUAUCAUGUUUUUUUGUUGAUGUGUAGUGACAUCUUACGGUUUUAAUUUUAAUUUUCAUAGUGUUUUCAUGUGUUUAUUGGCCUUUUGGAUAUCCUCUUUUGUGAAACAAGUGCCUGUUCAGAUCUUCUGCCUAUCUUUUAACUGGGCCACCUUUCUCUUUCCUUAUUGUUUGAUAAGAGUUCUUCAUAUACUCUGGAUAUAAUAUAUACAAGAGUAAGUACAGGAAACAGCUUUUUACCUUUUCACUCCCUUAAUGGUGUCUUCUGAUGAAUAAAAAUGACUAUUUUUUAUUGCACUUGAACUCUUCCUUUGUGAUUAGUAUUUUUUGUCUUGUUUAAGAAAUCUUUGCCUAUCCCAAGAUGCUGAAGAUAAUCUCCUAUGUUAUACAUUAAACUUUAUUGUUUUUACCUUUCACAUUAGAAUUUGAAUUUGAAUUCUUCUUGACUUGAUUUUUUUGUGCAUGGUAUGAUGUGGGGAUCAAGAGGCUUUUUUCCCCCAUUUGGCUAUCUAGUUGACCCAGUAGCACUUACUGAAAAGACUGUCCUUUCCUCACUAUUCUGUGGUGCUUUACUUGUCAUAAAUCAAGCAUUCAUAUACAUAUGGGUCUGUUUCUGGACAUUCUAUUCUGUUCCACAUGUCUAGCUGGCUAUCCUUGUGCCAAUACUAUACUCUCUUAAUUAUUUACUGUAGCUUUAUUGUAAACCUUGAUAUCUUGUAGUGUAAUUUCUCCAAAUUUGCUUUUCUCAUUCAAGAAUGCCUUGACUAUUCUUAAUCCUUUGUUUUCUUUAACUUAAUCCUCACAAAAAUCCUAUGAAGUAAGGUAGUUAGGAUGUCCAUUUCACAGAUUGGUAAACAGAUACUCAAGAGAAAUGAAGUAAUUUGUCCACAGUCAUAUAGCCAUCAAGUGUUGGAGAAAGAUUAAAACCCAGAUUUGUCUGAUUCUAGAUCUAAGGACUUAAGUCUAGACUUCAUACACUGUCUCCUUACUUCUAAAGCCAAAUGACCCUGUCAGGGAAUUUAAUAAGGAUGCAUUACAAUUUUAAGAAAUUCUAACGUUCUAAACCACCCAUUAUUCCAGUUAAAAAUCUUGUUUGGCAGCUACAAAAAAGACACUUUACUGGUGAGACUUAGAAAAACAAAGCAGCCACGAGGUAAAAGCUUCCUUGGAUUCCUUCCACUGCCCCCCUGUCUCUUAUCAGUCACCUGGACUUGUAUAGCCCCUCCACCCUUGCUCCUCUCUCCUGCUAGCUCCUGCCAGCACUCCUCUCCCUUUUUGACUCUUAAGCCACAUACUCGACUACUUAUGUUCUCCUACUAAGCCAAGGUCUUUCACAGAGCCGUACCUUUGCUCAGAACACCCUCUCCCACUCCUGACUACUUCCUCCUUUUUCUUUCAAACCUGGGUAUCACUUUCCUUAAGAGACAUUCCAGACCUCACCUGAGUUAGGCACUCCUCCUCCUCUGUGCCCUCCUCCUAGCAUGCACAUUGUCCUAGAGUUCAGUUGUCUGUCUCUCCAACAAGACUGUGAGGAACUCGAGGAUGGGCUGGCAUUGUUGCUGUGUUCUGCAACUUGCAUAGUGCAGGCAGAUGUUUGCUACAAAGUUCUGAGAGAAAUCAGAUGGACUUUUUUUCUUUUUUUGCUAUGUGCUAUAAUUAAAUAACACUCUAAGAAGAGGCGAGAGAGAAAUAACUUCUAAUAAGUCCAGGGCACACUGUUUGGUAGAAGUGGCAGAUUAGAAGUCUUAGGGAAGAGAUGGAAAUACCUUCUGUGAUGGAUUUGGGCUUUCAGUUGAGACAAAAACAAGAUCAAGUGAUAGAAGGUCAGAUAUUAAAAGGAUAUGUAUAUAUAUAAAGGCAAGCUGUGACUCAUUAAAAGAAUUCAGAAGAAUUAAAAUGUUUAUGUAAAAUAUACAUUAAACUAACAACAAGACAGGUUCUUCUGAGAUUUAUUCAUUCAACAAAUUCUGAGAGUCUGGUGCUAAGAGUGGCUGCUUCUCUUGCUCACCAAUUUUGAAAAUGAUGGUUUAAGGUAGGCAGGGGCAGAAAAAAGGGGUAAUCUCUCCAGCGGGGACAUUUUCAACAGAAUGAGACAUGAUACUCUUAUUUGAGUGAAAAACAAAACCAGCUCCAGGCCCUAGAGCUCUAUAAUCCUCAGCCUGCUUGACAUGCUUUCAGCUCUUGGUGCCAACCCAAAGGCAGUAGAACACAAACACUCAGAAAUCUUGGAGAACUUCCAGGCUAACCAAAGCUAACUGGCUCUUUCAUUAAGAAUAGGAGCUUUACUUUUGCAAACAUCUUCCCAGGUGCACCAAGCUGACCCUUCUUCACCACCGUUAAAAUGGAGAAAAGGAAAAAUUGCCAGCUAGCCAACCCAGGUUUUCCAUAUUUUCUUACUUAAUUCAUAUUUUCAUGGUCAGUCUGUUUACUAAAAGGCAGAAGAAGGGAUUAAGUGCCUCUCAAAGAAGGAAAACCACUCUAGUCCUCCACAUUCUUCAUGGUUUUCUCUACUGGCUUAGCUAUGCUUAAAACAAGGGCUUACUUUUUCUUUUUUUAGAAAUUCAGAAUCUAGGGCAUCAUGGGGCCACUGGUGUUUUGGAGAACAGACAGAUAAUCUUCUGGCACUGGAAAUACCCUUAAUUAGCUAUUUUUCUCAAAAUUUAUGGGGAGUUUAUUGACAUUUGGGCAGCUUAGGCAACAUAAAAAAAUCUUCAAACAAUUUAAGAAAAGUUUCUGUCUUCGACUUAUGCCUUAUGUUAGAAAUAAGUUUCCAGAAAAUAAAUGUCAGAGACUAGGCACUCAUGCUGAAAGCUAAAUGCUUCCACUCCAAACUUACAAACCCUUUCUUACCUUUCCUAGAAACGAUUGCUACAUGGAUUGCAAAUAUGAAUGAUUGAUUCAUUUUCUUCCCAGAUAUGAAAAUCUAUUCAUAGUAUUUUCCUGUUUGUGCAGGGGGAUGCAGCUACCAGGAAGCACAAACAAAAAGCUGGCUGGAAAGCCAUAAAGCUCCAUUUUCCUUAAUGCUUUCUCCACUGCUGUGCCAAACAUGACUUCUAAGGCAGUAGGGCUGCAUGUAAUAUUGUAUAUGACUGUAUGGCCCAUGGUGCCUCUAUGACACAUGGUUUAAGCUCAGUCUCACUGAUGGCCAGGAGAUCACUCUGAAGACCCUCAUGGAGUUUAGCAGACCCUGUAAGAUGCUGACAGCUUAGGGCCAGGUUCUUGUUAGUGAAAUGAAGUCUAUGGAGCUAAGGCUAUAGUGCCCAGCUGGGUUAGAUAUUUUCAAAGAGAGAGCAAGGGCUAGCAGAAAGUUUAGAAUCUUCUAAGCGGAAUGACAAGUUGCUGUAGGGUGCCAGCAACAACCUCACACCACAGCAGGCAAAGGAGACCAAGGCUGUUAGAAAAUAAACCCUGGUCCACAUUGAUCCCCUACUGCUCUUUGGUUUAGAGGAAAAAAAAAUGUUUGCUAACUCUAACUGGCUGAACAGCAGUUACUUUCUGAGAUACUAGAAGCCCUGACUGGAAAAGGGCUCUGGGGGAUUAUCGUCAGGAAUGAGAGUUGUCAGUCAUCAGCCUGCGGGUCAAGGACUGAAGCUGCAAACAUCAACACUACAAGUAACUGCUUCCGUGGCUCCAUCACACGGAAACAGCCAACAGUAUGCUCCAAAGACAGAGUUACUGUGUUAAGGACAAAGGGGCCUUUGUAUACAUUCUUGGUGAAAAGCUAAUUUUAAUGAUAUUUUCUGGAAUUCCAGGUUUUUUACAUUUGUUGUCAAAGAAGAAGUGUCUUUCAAAUAUGGUACAUAAAACAUUAAACAGCCCUAUUUUCAGAUACAGAAUCACAGAUAGAUAGAAUAAUUUCAAAUUGCAAAACAUAUUGCACAGGAAGAGGAAAAUGAGACUCUAGAUAUGGAUUUAUUUGGUGAUGGAGAUUCUCUUCUCUAUAUUUUAAUAUAGUUUCCAAGUUUGAACCACGGACCUAUAUUAUUUUUAUAAUCAGAAAAAAAGAAAAAAAAGAAUAUCCUCUGUCUUCCCAAAGAUGGGCCUGUUCUCUGUUCUGCCUAAAGGUUAACGGAAGUGUGGGGACCAAUCUCAGACCAUGCCUGGCACUCCUGAGUUUUCACCUCUGCUGUAAUGACCUGACACCUCCUUGAAAAAUGUAAUGUGUGAGACGCUAAUACUGGCCCACAGUUUUGCUGAAGGAAAAAGUAUUUCAAAAAAAAUAAAGACAACAAAGCAAACCUUGUGGAUACAAAUUAUAAAGUCUUUUCUCUUUCCUUCCUAAGAAAUUUACUUUAUCCCUCUAUUUCUAGAAUUUUUCUAUGUUGGACAUUUUUGGAUGUGAGAUAGUGUUAGAUCCAGGUAGAAUGAGUAUUUUGUUAAAUACUGAAUGAUGAUCAGAGAAAGGAAUGACCAGCUUCGUUAAAACCACAUUCAGUAGGAUGCCAAAAUAUAGCAGAGCUGCAUAUAAACAGCAUGGAUUAUAUUAACAGGCUUCCCUGGUGAAUAAAGAAUCUUAUUCCCAACUCUUUUUCCCUAUCCUACCCUCACCCCAUGGUUACAUAAUCUUUAGAAUGGAAUUUGGAAAUUCUUCUGACCCUGCCCUGCUUGCUGAUAGAGCUGAGUCAGUGGCUGGCAGGGCCAUAAUCUAAUAAGUGAGCCUGGAAACACAGAACUUCGCAGUCCUCUUGUCUCAGCCCAGAUACUGUACAGGCAAGGAAAGAAAGACUCACCCCUGUAUCCCUCCUUCCCUCCUCUGGCCUAAGUUUACACUGACUUCACCCAGCAGGCACCUCGCCCUCCCAGAUGUGAUGGGAGGGGCUAACGUGCAGUACAUGGCUAUGGUGGGGUGGAGGUGCAGGCAGCAAACAAUAUUUAAGAUGCGGAGUUGGUAAAGCAUUCAGGCUUGGGAAAGAGGCUAUAGGAUACCCACUCGAGAUCCACUUUCAGAAACUCAAGCUUUGAGAAGGCUAAGAAAGAGCAAGGAAAGAAAGAAACCAACAAAGUGACAAGACUGUUAAGAGUGUAAGGUUAUAAUCUGCUGCAGCUUUGCAAACCUCAACUGGGCAUAUCUAGAUUUCCUCAAAGGAAGAUUCUACCCCACCCAGGUCUAAAAAUGAUGCUGAAAAAGGCUCUGUCUGCUGUGACCUGGCUCUGCAUUUUCAUUGUGGCCUUUGUCAGCCACCCAGUGUGGCCACAGAAGACCCCUAAGCAUAAGACACCUGCACAGCUCAAAGUGGCCGCCUGCUGUGAGGAGGUGAAGGAGCUCAAGGCGCAAACCGCCAACCUGAGCAGCCUGCUGAGCGAACUGAGCCAGAAGCAAGAGAGGGACUGGGUCAAUGUGGUCAUGCAGGUGAUGGAGCUGGAGAGCAAAAGCAAGCGCAUGGAGGUGCGGCUCACAGAGGCUGAGGGCAAGUACUCUGAGAUGAACAACCAGAUCGACAUUAUGCAGUUGCAGGCAGCGCAGACAGUCACACAGACCUCAGCAGAUGCUAUCUAUGACUGCUCUUCCCUCCACCAGAAGAACUACCGCAUCUCUGGAGUGUAUAAGCUUCCUCCCGAUGACUUCCUGGACAUCCCUGAGCUGGAGGUGUUCUGUGACAUGGAGACUUCAGGCGGUGGCUGGACCAUCAUUCAGAGACGGAAGAGUGGUCUUGUCUCCUUCUACCGGGACUGGAAGCAGUACAAGCAGGGCUUUGGCAGCAUCCGUGGGGACUUCUGGCUGGGGAACAAGCACAUCCACCGGAUCUCCCGACGGCCAACCCGGCUACGCGUGGAAAUGGAGGACUGGGAGGGCAACAUGCGCUAUGCUGAGUACAGCCACUUUGUUUUGGGCAAUGAACUGAAUAGCUACCGCCUAUUUCUGGGGAACUACAGUGGCAACGUGGGGAACGACGCCCUCUUCUAUCAUAACAAUACAGCCUUCAGCACCAAGGACAAAGACAAUGACAACUGCUUGGACAAGUGCGCACAGCUCCGCAAAGGUGGAUACUGGUACAACUGCUGCACAGACUCCAACCUCAAUGGAGUUUACUACCGCCUCGGAGAGCACAACAAGCACCUGGAUGGCAUCACCUGGUACGGCUGGCAUGGGUCUACUUACUCCCUCAGACGGGUAGAGAUGAAAAUCCGCCCAGAAGACUUCAAGCCCUAAAAGGAAGCCUGCUGGGGAGCAGGGCUGCAGAGAUGCAGACAAAUGGAGGUUGGACAAGGGCAGAGGAGGAGAGGAAGAGUGUAUAGAAAGGGUAGGGAUGGAAAAUGACCUAAAAUCUCCAACGAGAGAGUAAAUCUCUGAGGAACACAAUAAAAUUGUAUGUACCAAGGAUGCUGCAGCAAAUGGGACAAGGCUUUUAAACACAGUAGGUCCUGAGACAGACUUCUCAGGGGCUGGAAUGAGGGACUCUGCCUGUGAUCCUUAACAUAGCAGUAGUAUGUCUUUUCCACGAUUUUUCUGUGAAAAACAUAAUUGUGAGGUCAAUUCAUCCAUUUUCUCUAAAGCCGCAACAAAAACAUUGCAGAAAGGCAGAAAACAAAUCCCUUUGCUAAAAAGAACUAUUUAAUUUCGAUUCU